UCUGUAGCUCUAUUGAUUCAAACAUUAUUUAAAUGAUUUUAUUCAUAGUUAAUAUAUUUUGUUAUUGUUGAUGUUGGCUUAUUUUAUUGUUCUUAUUCCAAACAAACUACCUAUUUUUGUUUUAUUGUAAUGCUCGAUUUUCAUUCAUCAACUUUGUAAAACUAUAUUAAAUUUCGCUAAAAUGUCGUCUUUUAAGUAUAAAAACUAUGAUGUUUGCUCUGAUUGCAGUGCUCCAGGUAUUUUAAAAAUAUUUAUUAAUCAAAUUAUUACAUUGAAUAUAUUUAUUUUAUUAUGAAUAUUCGAAUAAUUCUUAUUAAAUGCAAAAAUAGUGUGUAGGUAUUGUUGUAUUGUCGCUUAAUAAAUAAGUGAUGUCAAUUUUGAAUUCAUUAGUUCCUAUAUUCAUUGUAGAGUUGGGAAACAUCUAACAUACUCCAAUAUUUUUAACUAAAAUUGAUUGUACCAAUUUUAAUACAGUGUGUCCCACAGAGAUCUGCAUUAACUUUUGAUCUGUACAUUAAUUUUUAAGUUUUUCUUUUUUUAUUGAUUACUAAACUAAUGUUUAUUAAUGAUGUUAAUAUUCUACAAUUUUUUGAAGUUUACGAUAAUAAGAAUUGUUUUUAUCACCACUGUUAAAUAAUAUCAAUCAAUUCACCAAUUUUUGCAUGAAAAUUAUAAUUUUAUAAAUAAUUUUUUAAACUUGAAAAACAUUUUUAUGCACCAAAAUACUGUUUCAAAAUAAAUUUAUAAAAUGGCUAUUUUGGAUUUUUUAAGAAAAAAAUGUAUUUUUAAUUUUAAAAAAAAUUAUAAAAUAUCAGAAUUACAGCAUAAGGCCCUAGUAAUUAUUAAAAAGAAGAAACCCUUUAAAUUAAUGAACAGAAAUAAAUUUAUUGCAUUUAUCAGAUCUUUGUGGGAUACUCCAUAAAGUCCUGAUUUCAUUAUUGUUACUCUUAUUAUAUUUAAUAUAAAAUUAUUUGCAAGUUUUUUUGUAAUUUUUUUUUUUAUUUAGAUCCAGAUUGGGUAAUUAUUAAUCGUGGAUUAUAUAUUUGUGAUGAAUGUUGUAGUAUUCAUCGUAGUUUAGGUCGCCAUGUAUCACAAAUUAAAAGUUUAACUGCUGACUGGUGUGUGGUAACAUUGAAUGUAAGUAUUUUCCAAAGAAUUUUUUUCAUAUUGACCAUUAUAAUACUUAAAUGUAAAAUAUUAAGUAUUUUUUAUAGAUGGUGAAAACUUUACAUCAAGCUAAUGUUAAUACACUUUGGGAACAUGCACUAAAUGACAAUAAGAAUCAUAAGAAAAAACCUACUCCUAAAGAUCCACUGUGAAUUAGAAUAUUUAAUAUUUUAAUAUUUAAUAUAUUUCUAAUCACUUAUUUAAACUUUUUAGUCCUAUUAAAGAAGAAUUUAUACGUGCCAAACAUAGACAACAAUUAUUCAUAUUAAAAAGUAGUGAUACUAGAGAAGAUUUAAAUCAACAAUUACAUUCUAGUGUUAGAACAUCAAAUUUAGAAACCAGCCUUAGAAUUUUAGUUCAGGGAGCUGAUUCAAAUUAUUAUCAUCCUGUAAGUAAAAAUUGUAAGUUAAUAUUAUGAUUAUUUUACAUUGUUUUUAACUUAGGAAAAGGGAAAUUAUCCAUUACAUGUAGCAGCUAAAGCAGGUCAAAUAUUACAGGCUGAACUUUUACUUACUUAUGGUGCCGAUCCACUUGUAGAAGAUAGCCAAGGAAAUACCCCAGCAAUAUGUGCCAAGUAACUGCCAAAUAAAUUAAAUGUUUCAUGAGUUAAAAUAUUUUAUUUUAAAUUUUCUAGAUUAUCUGGUCAUAAAGAUAUAAACGAAAGACUGAAUGAUUGUAUGUAUGAAGUAUUAGAUGUUCUUUCUAUGUAUGUGUUUGGUCGAAAACCAAACCAUAAAAAUGAAGAGCAUAUGAUUAAUUUAGAUCCUAAUGAUGAAAAUGUUAAAGAUAACGAUCAACCAGAAGCAGUUAAAAAAAUGCAACAAGUAAAUUUGAUUUUAUAAGCUGCAUUUUUUUUUUUUAAAUUUUAAAUUAUAAAAUUAUGGUUUAUAGUUACCCAACUACUUAUUUGAAGAUUUAAUAUUAGAUGUUUUUGAUGAAAUUGAUAGAAGAGCAACAGAAAAAAGUAUUUUAUACAUUUGAAUUAUUCCUUUUAUACGUUAAUCUUUAUCUUAAAUGUAAACUAAUAAUGAUUUUAUGUGAAGUUUGGCAAAAUAAAAAUUCUCAAAGUCAUAUGUCAGUACCGUUUUUACCAGUAAAUCCGGAUUUAUCUUCAAUGAAAAAUCAAGGAAGGCAAAAAUUAGCAUGUUAUGCAGAUAAUGAAUUUAAAAAUCUUGUUACAAAAAUUUUAAUUGAAAUAAAUAGAAGAACACUACCAAGUAUGUUUUCUUAAGACAAUACUUCUUAUUCAAAUUUAAAAUAUCUUACAUUUUAGUUAAUAAAAUAAUUUCAAAAUUAAAAUAUGAUGAUGAUGAACCACUAUAUGAUCAUGUGGCUUCUGAUGAAGAUUAUGCUACACCCGAACAAAUUUCUGCUAUGGUAAGUUUUUUCUAGUUAAUUUUUUAUGUUUUAAAAGUUAAUCUAAUUUAAUAAUUUAUUUUAAAGAUGGCGAAUCAUAGUAAAACAUCUAUACAUUUUAAUGACAAAGAAAAUUUAUUAGAAAUUGAAACUAAUAAAAUGGAAGAAACGGUUUCCUCAAAUAUGUUGAAUAUUAAUAGUGCAUCUAAUUUACCAUUUUACAAUGAUAAUGCCCUUGAAACAAAGUUAUCAAAGUCCGAGGCUGAAAUUUCAAAAUUAAUUUCUGAAAUUGAUUUGCUGAAAAAAAAAGUUAGUAUAUUUAACAUAUCUUGUUAUUAAAUUAGUAAAUUAUAUUUAAAAAUGUACUAGUAAAAAAAAUAAGUGUUUUUUUUAAAUUAAAAACUUAUUUUUUUAUAAUUUUUAAUUUUUAACAAUCUGCAAAUUGUAUGUUUGUAUGAAUUUGUAUACCUAACUUUUGUAAUUAUCCGUAGUCCUUCAUAGAACUGGGAUACUUUAAGAAAUACAAAUUAUAUAUUAUUGUUUUUUUUUUUUUGUAAGAAAAUAUAAAUGUAGAUGAUAACAGUGUAAAUGCUGUACCUCCCAGUUACACGGAUAACCAAGAGUUUACUGCAUUUAUUACAAUGGAAAAAUGUCAGUGUUUAAAAUACAGUGUGUUCAUGCUAAGGUACCGCUAAAUAUUUCAGUAGUAUGAUCUAUUAUUGAAAUGGAAUUUUCGGGAAUGAUAGGGAGUACCCAGAUACACAUUUUCAGACAAAUUUCAAAUUUCUACUUUUUUCGAUAAACACAUAUGCAAUACAGUUUACUUUUUUUUUAUGGAAACACCAAACUUCUCUACAGAUUUGGAUAGAGUAUUUUUUUUUUUCAAACAAUUUUUGUAUAAAAAGUUUUUUUCUAAUUAAAAAAUUAGCAAAAUUAUGGUAUGUUAAAAUUUAAUAUUUAUAAUUAAACUGUUUUUUGACAAAAUUUUAACCAUGUUCAAAUUGUUCUUGAAAAUACAAAUACAUCAAUAUAAAUUAAUAAUUACAAUCCUAUUGAACAUUGUUAUAUUUUUGUUAUUAUUAUCUUUAUAUGGAUUAUUUUAUUAUUUUAUUAUUAUUUUUAUUUCAUGUUACAAUUUUUUACAUAUAUUAUGUGUCAAAAUAUGUCGUACUAUAAAUAAAUACUCAAAAAUCAAAAUAAUAUCCAAUAUUUUGAAAUACUUGUUUGUUGAUAAAUAAGACACAAAUAAACACGUUGUUUUUGUAAUUUUCUUUUAUUUUUGUCUUUCCAAAUAAAUUGGAUAAAUAAGUGAAAUUAAUGAAAAUUUUAAAAAUACACACACUAUGCAUUUGAAAUUAAGAUUUAUUUAUUUGAAACUAUAGCGUUAUUUAAUAAAUUGUUCAAAUAUUCCACCUUGGUGUUCCAUAAGAUUUUUAAUCAGCGUUUAUUUGGUCUUCUCUCAAAUUAUUACAUGCUUGGUACUCGUAAUUUUUUUUUUAAAAACAAUUAUAACUUAUAAUUUUAACAUUAUUAAGAGGAUUUACUUACAUAAUAGUUAUUAAAUUCCUCCAUAAAAAUAAAUGAAGUUUUAAUUGUAUCUUAUCUGUCUACAGAUAUGUAUUUCACAAUAUCAGAUAUAUGAUUUUGUUAUUCUUAUAUAUGUUAACUAUAGUUCUUAUUUCGUCAAAACCAGAUUAUUCGUACCUAAAUAUAAAAUUUCAACAUAUUUUAACUGUUCUUUUGUAAUUAGAAAAAACUUUAUACAAAAAUUGUUGUUAAAAAACCACUAUCUGAAUCUAUAGGAAAAAUAUAGUGUGGUCAUUAAAAAAAAAAAGUUGAAUUGCACAUGCGUGUACUGAAGGAUUACAAACUUAAAAUUUGUCUGAAAAUGUGUAUUUAGGUACUGCUAAACAUUUUUUGAAAAGUCCAUUUCAAUAUUAGGUCAUCCAUCUGAAAUAUUUCGUGAUAUCUUUUAGCGUGCACUGCAUAAUAUUAUACAGACUGUAAAGAUAAAAGAUAGAUAUCUGACUUGGCAGAUAAUUAAAUGUUUGCAAUUUAUUUUUGAUUUUGGGCUCUUACCAGUAAUCCACUUUUAUGUAUUAGGUAGAAGAAGUGACUAAAGAAAAUGCUGAAUUAAAGUGUGAAAUGUUACGCCAAAAACAACCAAAAAUUAUAAAUAAUGAAAAUGAGUGUGGUGAUAUAAAACAGCCCAUUAGACCUGUAUCUAUGUAUGAAACUCGAGAAGGAAUAAAAUGUGAAUCGCGCAAUUUACAAGUAAGAAUGUAUAUAUAUAUAUUAAUUAUAUAUUAAUUUUUACAAUUAUCAAUUAUUUUCUCUUUGAUAACGAUUUACACUACCUAUCAGGUCUUUAAAGUUAAUUAUAAAACUAUUAAAAAUAUAUAAUUAUAAAAAACUGUGCUCAUUGUCCUUUCUCUAAUGUUUAUGGUUAAAUCUAAUAAUACUGUAAUCAUAAUAUACUCAUUGGUAAAUAUCUUUAGUUUGAGAUCCCGAAUUUACCUAUUAAUUUUGAUAACACCUAAUUUAAAAAUUGUUUAGUUAAACCCCGAAAGAUUUUUGUACUUUGGAUUCAUUCGAACAAGAUUACCAAAUCUUAGAAUAAGGUUACUUCAAAAAUGAAAAUAAUUUUCUGCUCUCCCAAGGAAAAAUACCCGUGCCAUUUUAAGGAAAUGCAUUUUUAUGUUCAGACAUUUUUGCAGUUUUAUCUUCAUAAAUAUAAUAUUUAUUUAAUAUUAAAAUCAUAAUUUUUUUAUGAAAAAUUUAAUUGAGCCCUAAAAUUUUAUUUUCAACAACCUUUCUAUCAAGAUAUUCUGAUUUUGUUAUUUAAGUAUGUGAUUAAUUAUUUACAACUGUUUGCCUGAUAAAAAUAUUGUAAUUCUGUUUAUCGAUUUUUAUCUUAUAUACAAAAAUGUUCUGAUUGUAACAAUUUAAAAAAAAAAACACCAUAUAUUAUUUAUAAUAAUUUAGUUAGUUAAAAAUUUUUAUAAUUUAUUAUUAUAAAUAUAAUUAACUAAAUAUAGUUUACUCAAUUUUUUUUUAUUUAUUUAUUUAAUUUUUUUUUUUUUUUUUUCUCAAAAACAAAACAUUUAAUGUACAUCAAAAUUAAAUUUGUUACAAAAUUGAUUAACUUACCUCCUGUAAGAUUAUGCAGCUUAUGUUGGAGAUAAAAAGCUAUGAUUACUACUAAAUAUAUAUAACAAAUAAGAACAUGGUAUAAAUAUAUUUCAAUUUAAAAAAAAAAAAAUUAAAUUGCAUUUUUAAAUACAUUUUGAAACAACUCUGAAAAUAUAUAAACUAGCUUAUUUUCUAAAUAACAAUGUUAAAAGCAAAUAAAUAAAUAAAAACAAAUCAAAAAUAUGUGCUAUAGGUCUAUACCUAGGUACAAUAAAUAAAAAAUAAUGAAAUAAAAUUGGGUUAUAUUACCGUAAAUCCCUGUCUAGUUCAAAAAAUAAAUAUUUAUAUGUAAGAUCUUCAAUAUUUACAAUUUCACUACUAAUUAUUUUUUUUAAAAAGUCAUAGAGCAUAGAGUUGAAAGAAGUUUGACCCUGAUAGUCAACAAAACACUGACCAUAAGAAGUAUUCGCAUAUUUAACAGUCAAAUCAUAUUUUUUCAUUUCCCUUUUGUUGCUUACCUCCUUUUGAUCGUUAUUUAAAUUAAAUUUCGUAACCAAAUACAUAAUUUUAAUUUUUUUGUAUAAAAACCUUAUAGGAAAUACACCAAAUUCUUUAUAGUUAGCAUUAGUAAAUCCUUGCAGAGUAAAUUUAUUUAAACAAAUCCUAACUAUAUUAUUUUGAUUAAUUAUUAAUGCAUUUAAGAUGUUAUCUCGAAGGCCUCCCCAUACUAAUAUGCCAUAUUGAAAGUUUGAUUGAUAUAGUGCAAAGUAAACUAUUUUCAUUAUUUGUUUUGGUACUAAGUUUUUAAUUUAAUAUCAAAUAUAACACCUAAAUAUCAAAUUUUUUCAACUAUUUCAAUUAUCAUGCAGUUUUGUGGAUUAAAAACUGUAUUCUUUAUGCAGUCAUGAAUUUGUAGUUAAAAGAUGUUUUAUUAAUUGAGAACGAUAAAAAAAGUUUUAUCAACAUGUAAAGAUAGAUUUCUAACAUUUAAACUUUUUAUUAUCAGACUGAAACCUCUGCAGGCUUUCUCAUGUACACCAUCAAUGUUCAAUAAAUGAAAUUUAAAAUGUAAAAAUAUAAUUAUUAUAUUUGUUUUUAACAUUUAAAUUUUUUAUACAACUAUUUAUUACAAUUAAAAACAAAAAAAAGGUUGAUUCUGGGAUCGGGUAUGCCACUGUUGUAGAAUACAUAAAAUUAUUUAAUUUAUAUCUGUAAAAAAUGAUAAACCAUUACUAACAAAAAACGAUUCGGAGCAAAAAUAUGAAACAUUGCACGUAACUUUUAAUUUUGAUUACUAUGUACAACUUAUAAUGAACCUAAUAAUAAUAGUCUAAUAAACUUAAUAGUCAAACAAUUUAAUUUAAGUGUUAUUCAAUAUUUUUUUUUUUCCACAUAAUUAUAGUAUCAAAUUUUGAAUAAAAUUGUAAAUAUUAGGGUCCUUCAAAAGAUGUAUAACCUCAUAAACAUGUAUGUGACUAUUAAUUGUGUAAACAGUCAAAAUUAAAAUUCUGGAACGAAGUAAAGUUAAUGUCCACAAUAUAUUUGUUAAGAUGUUACAAGUUGUGGAUGAAGAAUUUUAUCACUAGUACAAAAACAGAAACUUCUCAAGUUUUCACUCUAUGCGAAAGCAAUCUUUUAUAAUUGACAAUAAUUCAAAUUCAUCUAGUAUUAUCAAUUAUAUUUAUCUUAUUGACAAGGAGUUGUGACUAUGCACAAAAAUAUGUGACAAAUAAAUGUAAAUGUUAGUAAAACCCAGAAUUUACUGUUGUUUGUACUUUUCCUGUAACAUAUAUAUAAAUAUAAACCUGAAAGUAGAUUAUGGUAGAGAAUAGAGAUAUUACAAUUUGUACAGUUAAUAGUCUAUUUUUAAUAAUUUUGAAUUUGAAAUAUUUUGUUAAAAUUAAAUUAUACACUACUAUGUUAAAUUGAUAAUGAUGUACAGUUUACAAUCUAAAUAUUUACUUGUAUUUAAUUUUUUUGAAAUUGUUAUUUUAAAGUGUAUUAAUUUGGUUUUGGGUAAUUUUAUUGUUUUGAAAGGUCAUUUUUUGAAUAAUGGAAAAACAAAAAUAUUUGUGCAAUAAGAAAUUUUGUUAAUUUCAAAUUUGUUUUUUUAUUAUAAUUCAGUGAAAAAUUACAGUAGACUUAAAAUGUUGACUGAAUACUUUUAUUUACACUCUUAACAUGGUACAGUUUUCAGAAUAUUAUAUUUUUGAGGUUUUUAGUUUUAUAUAAAUAAAAACGUAAUUUAUUGUUAUCGUCAUUUCCAUUUAAAUGUAUAAAAAUGUUUUAUCAAACUUAAACUCAGAAUCGUUUUUCAUUUGCAAUCAUUUAUUUGUGUAUAGGUCCUAUUUAUAAACUAAAUUAUCCCAUAUUAUAUUCCAUCUUCUUAACACUAUUCUAUAUUAGGUAUAUAAUGAUGAUAAUAUAUAAGACAUCCACAAUAGAUUGGCUUUUUUUUAAUUUAACAAUCCAAAGAAUAAUUUAUAGUAUUACAUUUUAAUAUAAAUUUAAAAUUAAACUAUGUAUUACAUGAAUAUUUUCAAACACUUCCAUUAAAUAUUUUUCAAAACUAUUACAAGAUUUUUUAAAAUUCAUAUUGUUUUUUUUGUUAAAUAUUGUGUAAUUUAUAAUUAAUUCCCAUGUGUUGGUUAUAAUAUAAAAAUGUAUUUUUAUAAUUUAUCAGGCAGGUAUUAAUUUACCAUUAUCUGAAGAUAUUGUUCGUCAUACUAACCAUGUAACUAAGUGUAUACAAGAACUUUGGACCAACAUUAGGUCAUCAGAAGCUUGUAAAGCAUUUGUUCCUGGUGCUGAAAAAAUUAGAACUGCUGUGGUUGAACUUACUGCCAUAUUCCCAAAUGUAAGUAAAUAUUUGGUUUUCUUAUAAAAUUAAAAAUAUUAAUACUGUGAUUAAGUUUUUUCAUAACCAUAAAAUAUUCUGAGCCAAUUACGGGACACUAAUUUGCUGAUUUACUAAUAAAAAACAGUCUUAAAAGAAAUUAAACUUGUCUAAUUGUGAUGAAACUCUUAAAAGACUUUCUGAAAAAAACCUACAUAUACUAUCAAAUUGCUAUUAAAACCAUGAAAAUGUACGUACCAUUGAUGUAUAUUGGUUUCAGAAUUGACAGAGUAUUAUUUAAAAUAGAUGACAAACAGUUCAAAAUAAUUUGAUUUAAUUAUUAGUUUUUAAAUAUUCAGUCUAAAUUACUGUUUCAAUAAUAAAAUAUACUGAACAAACAAUUUUAUUUAGAGUAUUAGUGACGAUAUUGUGAAAUCAUCAUUAUGGUCUUUGAAUACACACACAACACAACUACAACUGGAAUGUGCAUGUUUGGAAGCAGGUGUGGAGAGAGUGCGAAAUUGUUCAUUAAAUAUGGCAAAAGCCACUAAACAACUUUUAACAAGGUUCGACUGUAAUAAUUAAUUAAUAAACUAUAAAUAUUUAUUAAAUACAUACAUUUUACUAAGUUCCUUAUGAAUAACUAUUUAAAAUAAAGUACAUAUACAGGGUAAUAUUAGUAUUAUAAGAAUAAAUUGUGAUUUAAUUUUGCAAUGUUGUUUAAAAAAAAGAAAACAGUUUGUAAAUAUUCUUUACAAUAUUCAUUCAUAAUUUAUUGUUUAUUAUAUUGU